GCCAGUUGGAGCAACACCUUUUGCAGCGGGGCAGAGAGCAGCAGGCGGGGGUGGAGGAGCAACAGCAACUUUUGCCGAUUCCGCAGCUGCGUCGGGACGAUGUUUGUUCCCACAGCAAUGUAGUUGACCAGCAAAGUCAUGCGCGGCAACAUGCCAGCACCAACACAACUUCUGGUGGUGCCCCUCCUCCGCAGCAGCAGCAGCAGCAACAGCCCUUUCAGCAACAGGCGUCGCCCGAGGAAGCCAGUCUUGCGACGAACUCGGCCCGGUCUGCGAUAUCGUACGUGAUCAAUGCAUAUCAAAUGUAAAAAUGUCUGGGUCUGGAAGAAUGCAACCUGUCAUGCUAAUUCUGAAGCAUGCAAAAAUCUGUGUUGCGUGAUUACCAAAAGUCGUCCAGUUUUGACCAAGUCGCGAGGGAGUUUCUCAUGCAGGAUAGGCAUGAGAGAGAUCACACAGAAUCUGUUAUGCUAGGUCCUGCAUUCCAGACCUCAUGGGUCAUGGAAAAGCGGCAUGACAAAUCGCGCACUCUUCCAGAUCCAGACAUUUCUACAUUUGAUAAUGCAUUGGAGGGCGUCAUGGGUCGCGAGGAGGUGGCGGCCUUGCUGUCCAACGAGGUGCGGAAACUUGUCACCCCCGGCGAUGAGCACAUCGUGGCCACACGAUUGAUGCAGCAGCAGCAAGGAGGACUAGGAGUAGGCUCACAACUACAUGGUGGUCUCGGUCAACUACAUCAAGUUGGGAACAAUGACGGUCCUCGUGGGCAGCUCCUGCAACACAACACCAACCAACUUCCGCAGCAACAACUACACGGCUCGCUGGUUCAACAUCCGUCCACUUCCCCCACCCGUGCGCCGGCGUUCGGUUCGAGCGAUCGUGACCGCGAGGACAGCUUGAUGGAGCACUACGGACCCCGUGCUGGUGCAGGGCCCCCGCUGCACCAGCACCUCCAGGGAAGUCCCCGUAGCAGCAUGAUGUUUCAUCAACAAGCAUCGCAGCAUCCUCGUGGUCAGCACCUACAGCAUCCGGUGGAUCAUGGUCGUGAAGAUGAUCAUGACCGCGUUGCGCGAGACGACUUGCGCCGGCAGUUACGCGAUUUAGAGCACCAGUACCAUGAGCAAAGGGCGCGGAACAAUCGUCAGCAGGACCUGAGCCAGC